UGGGCCCUGAGCCGGCUGGGAGUGCGACCGGCCGGGGACGCGGCUGGUUCAAGCGGCCUCGGAGCGCGGCCGCGGGGGCCAUGUCCCGCCCCAGGGAGGACAUCCUGGGCCAGGAGAGCGGGGAGGACUGCCAUGUCAUCGACCUGAUGGGGUUCUCCGACGAGAUUCUUCUGCAUAUCCUAAGCUAUGUCCCUAGCACAGACCUCGUCCUCAGUGUCAAGAGAGCCUGCAGGAAGCUUGCGACACUUUGCCUUGACAAGAGUCUAACCCACACCGUGGUGCUCCACAAGGACUAUCAGGUGAGCAAAGACAAAGUGAAGCAGCUACUGAAGGAGAUUGGGAAGGAGAUCCUCCAGCUGAACAUGGCUGGUUGUUACUGGCUGCCCAGCUCCACUAUUGACCAUGUGCUACGCUGCAAAAACCUGGUGAAACUGAACUUGUCUGGGUGCCACCUGACCUCCCUCCGCCUCUCUAAGAUGCUCUCUGUCCUUCAGAACCUGCGCUCGCUGGCGAUUGACGUGAACCCUGGUUUUGAUGCCAGUCAGCUGAGCACUGAAUGCAAAGCCACGCUCAGCCGGGUCUUGGAGCUCAAGCAGACCCUGUACACGCCUUCAUAUGGUGUGGUCCCCUGCUGCACCAGCCUUGAGAAGCUGCUGCUCUAUUUCGAGAUCCUGGACCGAUCCCGAGAAGGGUUUAUUCUGUCUGGCCAGCUGAUGGUGGGUGAGAGCAAUGUCCCCCAUUAUCAGAACCUCCGCGUCUUCUAUGCUAGGCUGGCCCCUGGCUAUGUCAAUCAGGAGGUGGUGAGACUGUACCUGGCAGUGUUAAGCGACAGGACUCCGGAGAACCUUCAUGUCUUCCUCAUUUCUGCUCCUGGCAGUUUUGCAGAGACUGGAGCCACCAAAAAUCUCUUGGACUCCAUGGCUCGAAAUGUUUGUCUAGAUGCCUUGCAACUGCCCAAAUCCUGGCUUAAUGGCUUCAGCCUCCUACAGCACGUGAAGUUCAACAACCCUUUCUACUUCAGCUUCAGCCGCUGUACCCUCUCUGGUCUGGUCCAGAAAGUCAUUAAUGGUGGGAAGGACCUCAAAAGCUUGACCAGUCUGAAUCUCAGUGGCUGCAUUCACUGUCUGGCUCCGGACUCCUUUUUCCGCAAAGCAGAAGACGAUAUUGACAGCAGCAUCCUGGAAAGUCUGGUGGUGUCUUGCUGCAAUCUGAGACACCUGAACCUUUCUGCUGCUCACCAUCACAGCUCAGAGAACCUGGGCAAGCAUUUGUGCCAGCUCCUGGCACGACUGAAACACCUGCUGUCUUUGGCACUGCCAGUGUGCUCCAUCACAGAUGGGGCCGCGAAUGCAGACAAACCCCCCAUGCAGUCGGUGACUAAUAUGUUGCCCCAAGGGUUUGGAAAGAAAGCCCGUGUUGGGGUGCAGACUUACUCCAGGAGUGUGGAGCAGGGUCACGCAAAGCCGCAGACCUCGGUGUUUUGGACUCUGCUGGAGAGCCUGCUGCUUUUGGAAAGCUUGGAACUGAUUGGGUCCAACUUCUCCUCUGCCAUGCCCCGGAAUGAGCCGGCCAUUCGGAACUCGCUCCCUGCCUGCAGCCGGGCUCAGCACGUGGGGGAUGCAGAGGUAGCUGCCAUUAGCCAGUUGACCUAUUUGCGAAACCUCACCUUAGCCCAGCUGCCCAACAUCCUCACUGGGUCUGGGCUCAUUAGGAUUGGAGCACAGUGCCAGCAUCUGCGGACGCUCUCCUUGGCCAACUUGGGCAUGAUGGGGAAGGUGGUCUAUCUGCAUGCCUUCAUGGACAUGCUGAAGUACUGCAAGCACUUAAGAGAUCUCAGGCUAGAGCAGCCAUACUUCAGCGCUAAUGCCCAGUUCUUCCAGGCAUUGAGUCAUUGUUCUUCUCUCCAGCGGCUGUGUAUCAUCUCCCGGAAUGGGACUCUGCAGUCUGACGCAGUGAUGUCAUUCAUGGCCAGCUGCCUUGAGGUCAUCAUGUGCCACAUGUUUACGGGGGAAUCGCUUACAGCUUGCAAAAAUCUUCAGCAGUCGAUUGUGCGGAGGAUUAAAUCCAGAGAAGCCUGUGACUGUAUUAGCUACCUAUCAAACUAUGUACAAGACUGCUUAUUCCUGCCUCCUCCUUCGGGAUAGUGGUUGCUGGAAACAUCUGAGUAAAUGAGUCAUCGGAGUCCCUGUGAUGUGUCAAAGAUAUGUUUUUACAGUUUUGUAAAAGCAUCUGGGAUCAAAUUUGGCACUGUGCUGUGGAGAUUUUUUUUGGAGAGAUCGUUGAAUUUCCCCCCGACCCAUUUCUCUCAUUCCCCAGGCCUGUUCAAGGUGUCACUACAGCUCUGGCCAAAUUUUGAGUACUCUUCUGUGCUGUACUUCUCACCCUCUUUACAAAUCUUUCCCUCCUGUUUUUCUCUUCCAUGCCCAUGCCUUUUCCAUGUGCUCUGUACCUCUUAAUAAUUAAAACCCAGCAAACUUCCAGAGACCAGCUGUUUUCUCCUGGAAAAACAUGAAAAAAUGUUUUAUAUUUAGCAACCAUUCUGCCUGUCAUCUUCUUUUCGUCCUUUGCUUUUUAUUAUUAGGGACGUUUGUAUGAAAACAGGAUCUUUGGGGGGGGGGUUUUUAAAAAGGAGAGCAUCUGCUCCUGUUGCUAAUUCCCUACCUGAAGUCAUAAUCCUCUAUGACUUUAUAAUUGGUGGCUCUGGAAAUGAUUUUGAUGUCACAUAAGAUUAUGACUUCAGGAGGAGGAGAAGGAGCAGGAGCAGAUGCUCUCCUAAGCAACAAAGGUCCCGUUCUCAUGCAACUGUCUCUAGCAAUAAAAUACAAUGGGCAAAAUACAGAAAGUGAUGUGUAAGCAGAGCGCCGCGACACCAGUGAACCCUUCACCCACGUGACUGCCUGCGAUCUCAUCCCUGCCCUUUGUGCAUGCUUGCCUCAAAACGGGGUCAGAAAUUGACUUUCUCUUGACUGCAUUUUAUCUGUUGCUCUAAGGGCAAAUAGAGAGGCAGUAAAACCCAUGAAAAAGGAAGGCUCUCCUGCUAGCUGGCUCCUGGCUGAACCUUAGAUGAGAGCUUGUUUGUGCAGUGCAGCUUUCUGAGACAUGCUUGUCACGUACCCUCAAUCUAACGUCCUGAUAUUGCAAGAAAUGCUUGGGCAGCAAAUAUGCAAGGUAGAACACCCAUGUUCCAGAGAAACACUAAUUUUGUCUUGGAAUGAUUUACCGCAUGCAUGCAAAAGAAGCUGAUGUGAUGGCUAGAGUGUGUGGGGAUGCAGUGGGGGUGUCCAAGCUGAGCAUCUUUGUUUGCUUCCCUCCCUCUGGGGCCCUAAGUCUCUAUUAGCCACUUCUUGUCUUGGCUAUGGAGAUUACUUUGCUCAUGUUGAAGGAGCCAGGCCAGGGUUGUUUGCAUGUGGGAGGCAACCUCUCUAGAAAGCUUUAUUUUUUCUCAUUUUUUAAAGAUUUGGAGUGAAGAGCUGCUAUGGCUCAGUAUUGAACUUGGAGAGGGGCUCUUGCUGCAGCCUGUGGAGUUUGGAGUGUAUGAAAACAUGAUCUAGUGCAGUGAUUUUCCCCCCCCCCAAGGCAUUGAUCCGCAGAAGUAGCAGGCACCCAAAAUCUGGGGAGGGCAACCUGGCAUCCUUUAGUGCCACUUUUCUGAUUUUGGCUGCUGAAUUUGUGAGCUUCCUUUAACACCUUUCCUGAUAUGACUUUGCUAUGCAACUUCUCUGUCCUGGGGUUGUUGGUUGACUAUCAGUGGAGGCAGAAGAGGAGGAUUAUUGUCUAUGAGAUGCUAAAAUGUGUUCCAUGCUGUGAAGCUGGAGAAUUCCCUCUCUGGCAGAGAGAGCCCAGGGAGGGGAGGCCAGAGACUGGGCUGAAGGCCUCAGUUAAGUGCUUGAACGUUCUUCCUCUUCAGCUAUAAAAUGGGGAUACUCUUAACAUAGCUCCCUAGCUGACUGGUUAGAGGGGAGCCCAGACCAGUAUUGGCUGUGGAAAGAGACAUCAUUUUAUCUGCUAGUCACUUCACUGCUGGAGGCUGGGCCCCAGGUAGCCCAACUUUGUCUGGCAUGAACUCUGUGGUGAACUUCCUGAGGCUGCAGGCAGGGGAAUUUGCAGCAGCUCCUUCAAACUUUUGCAAGCAUCAGCUUUCAGGGAAGUUGCUUUCACAUUUAAACUGGUAAAUCCCUCUGGUGCAGUCUGCAUUAGCUGCAGUGGCAAGGCAUAGGCAUGGCAGGACUGCUCUGCAACCCUCAUCAGCAAGUAGCAUGGUCAUAAGACCAUCCUGUGAGUUGCAGAGGAGCCGUGGGCAAAUGCAGGUGUGUGUUUUGGGGAGGGUGGGGGGUAGCAGUUUCCAGCACACAGUGCGCUCCCAGGAAGGGAAGGGUCAUCUGCUGUUUACAGCACUAGUUUGGGAUGUGGGGACCCAGGUUGGACUCUCAGCUCUGCCACAGAUGUUCUUUCUAUGCCCCCAUCUGUUUAAAGAUGAUACUUCUCAACCCCCUGGAGGGUCCCCAGGCAGGCUGACCACGGGAAAUGGAGGUGAGGUGCUCUGAUUCUGCGAUCAUGGGGGAUUUGUGGGGGAGCAGCAUUGUAAGCACCUAAGAAACAAGUGAGGCUGACGAGAAACCUACAUUUUCCUUUAUUGACUUGCAUGUUAAUAAGACCGUAAAUACACUACCGAAAUAUUUCACUCCAGAUGGGUGUUUAAAUUGACUUAAAUAGAUGUUCCUUCACAAACUGCUCCAUGUGUUAAUUCUAGAAACAUACUGUCAAUAUUGCUGGUGAGUGGAGAGCAAACUCUGCUUUUAGAUCCAAGCAAAACCAAUUCUUUUAUGGAACAAAUAUAUUUUCCUCAGGAGGUGAAACCUAAAUCCUUCUCUGCUGGAUUUGUUUCAGUGACUCUUUCUGGAAAUUUUUUAAAUAGUUGUCCAUGGCUGAUUUGUCAAAUACCAGCACUGCCAGACAAUCUUAUCCUGUUAAGGGAUUGCUUGCUUCAAGCUUUUUUUUAUUUUAUUUUUGGAAAGGAACUGGCAGGUUUCUUAUAAAUGUCCGCUAGAUGGCACCGUGGUCCAGAGUAGAUGCAAUUCCCUGUCCCUGCUGGUUGCCUGUUAAAUAUUCAGAUUGUCUAUGUGCCUUGUUCCUUCCAUCGCCAGAAAGCUUGUAUAAUACUCCUGUAUGGCACUGUUAGUUGGUAUGAUACUUCACAGACGCCUAGGAGAAGCUCCUUACCAUAUAGAGCUUGCACAGAUUUCAGGAAGGAUUGUGUUAUGACAUGUUUGGCAAGUAUCUUAUUAAUCUUAAGGGUUUUUUCUUUCUUUCUCUUUUUAAAGUUUAUUCCUUUGUAACUAGCAGUGGUCUAAAAGCUUAAGUAUUUACACAGUGCCUAUUGCAGCAGUGAUUUCAGGCACACAACAGUGGAAACCUAUGGAAAGUCCCUGAAAAGUCACCGUAGAAACAGGUCAAAAAAGUAAACCAGCCGUAACAAAUCUCCGUCAGUGAGCAAUCGCCAGGGAUUCUUAUUGUGUAAAGGAAAAAAUGUCAAGGAAUGCAGUUCAGUUGUGAUGGAUAGAAACAUGAUCAAAAUCGAGACGCAGGGCUGGAACGCCGGCAGCAGCCGCAGUGUGGUGAGGAGGUACUUGAUGGAGGGUGGUGAUUGUGCUGUGUGGCACUUAUCUGUGUCUCUAGGAUAUGCUUGUUGCAGUUCCCUGAUGCUUGCUACUUGUAUUGAAAGCUGCUGGGUAGCAGUAGUGCUAUACAGAAGCAUUCUCAACAAUAGCCCUAGGGUGGUCCAGGGGCUGUAAUGCAGGGGUGGGGGCCAGGUGCACCUGGCUUUCAGUCCUGGCUUUACUACUAACUUGCCGUGUGACCUUGGACAAGUCCACCUCUUCCCGACCUGUAUUAUCUGCAGGGGGAGGCCGUGGAGAUUGUGUGCAGCACUUCACGUGCUUACAGCUUUAGUUAGCAUCAGCCAGUGCUGCCAUUUGACUGCUCCCAACACCACACUCUUCCUUGUCUGCAAAUCCAAGAGCUGGAGGUUGGGGGAAGAGACGCACCGUCUUGUCUUAUCCGCUCCUAUCCCUGUUGGGGCAGGGUGGUGUUGGCGUGCUGCCUGUUUGGAACGACUCCUGUCAUAGCUUUCCAACCGGCUCCCAUGAAUGUGUUUCAGUUUAAUUAGGAUUAAUUUAAUCCUAAUUUUUUUUAUUUUUCUUUGUGGUGGCAACUACCCCUAAAUGAUUAUCCAAUUCCCCCUCCCCCAACUCUGCCCUUAGCUGUCACUUAGUCUAGCUAUAGCCGUGUAGUUGUUGCUCUGCUCGGAAGCUGGCCCUCCGCCUCGUUAACCAUUAGAGUCGCCCUUCUCUGAAAGUGCCUCCAGUUUGUCAACAGCUUCGUAGUGUGCAGAUGGGGCCUGCUGGAUCCUUCUUCCUUAAUUCAAAGUCUGGCCUGAGUUCUGAGUGAUUUCUUGUGGCUGUUACCUCUGGCUUGGAGGUCUGGAGCCGGCAGGGAUGGGAGGUGAUUUGGAGGGCUGUAAGCUAGUACAAAAUCCUCUUUGAAUUCUUUCGAAUCCUCCCCUCCCCCUUCCGCACGGCCCACCUGGCUGUCACAAUUGCACUGACAUUGCAAAAAGCUGGUAUUAUCACUUGCAGCUUAUUGCCUCCCCCCCACCUCCUCUCCUUCCUUCUGACCUUGAAAAACUACCUCCUUGUAGAUUGCCUUUCUCUGCAAACCCAGUGUUGGCACGUUAGCUACCAAUCCCACUUCACUAGCCUAAGCAUGUUGUGGACUCGGCCCCUGCCUCCAAUUACAGAGGGCUUAAUGUAUCGUUAGCCUGGUGUAGUGAAUCAUCAGAGUCUGGUUCCAGCUUUCGUUGUCUGUCUCAUUUCCUGCUCUUAGAAACCCUUGAAUCAGCCUGUCCCAGGCUGAAUAACAAAGUGCAUCCUUGUGAGCUUACCCAAGGUCUCGUUGAAGUGUUUGGUGAAAUCCAACUGUGUUUUGGGAGCGGUGAGAGAACCUUCAUUAGUCCCACCUGCCUUGGUCACAAGUGAGAUGAGGAUCCGAUCCAUCUGGUGUGUAGGUACAUUCCUGAUGGACUUUCACUGUUUUCUUUUGGGGACGUUUCCUCGAUCCCCUUCUCGGUCGCAUUCCAGAGACUUGCCCAAACCCAUCCUCCUCGCCACUUGAACGUGUGCCGUGGUAGGAACUCGGUGGGGAGUCCUUCCUGGAGGAUAGCCUCAUUUGGAUGCAUUCCUCACAAAUGUGGAUCUAUCUCCGUCUCUUGCGCAGCAUGAUCUCCUCGUUCCCAGCUGCCAAGUCCUGCUGGAAUCUCUGCCCUGGUUUCUUUUUGUGUAAAUGGGUGUGGGCGCGAAGGAGACUGAGCUGAGGCAUUAACCAUGGCUUUAAUGUGUUUCCAAAAUAAAAAAAAUAAACGUAAUUAAACAAUUAUUGCAGUAACUUUUCCACUUGUUGGGGGCGGUUAGGAAAUGGCUCUUUCCAGUGUGUUUUGGCUUGUUCUGGCAGAGCACUUCUCCAAGACCUAUGGGCUGGGUGCUUUGGCAUCGUUCCUGCUGUUUCUCCCUCUUCAUCUCCCGCUGGCCAUGUGCACUUGGCUGUUCUGUAUGCAGCGUGGCGGGCACAGUGGCUCACACUUCAGAGCCUCAAAGCACUCUUCAUCUAGGCCUUAUAGCACCCACGUGGAGUAACAAAGAAUCGGCCAAACUGAGCAAUGUCACUUGCCUGCAUUCAGGGGAUGAGGAUAACGCAUCCCAUGCCCUGUGUUGUCGAGACACCAGACCAUCCUUGCCUUCCUAGGAAAAGUAUUAGCACUUCCAGAGUCUUGUCCACGCUUCUCAGUCUCAGGCUGGAGGUUUUAAAGGGAAUUUAAAAUGAUGAAAGCAACAGGGGUCCCUAGGAUGUCAUCAUGGGUAUGAAAAGACCCUGCUAGAAAAGCACCACAGCUGAGAGGUACCCUGAAAAUGGAGGCUUGUUUCGUUGAGGAAGCUCGGUUGCUUUUCUUCUUAAGCCUUUGACUGCAAUUUGUGCUCUGGGGUGAGAAGCUGCAGUCUGCUGAUUGCUCAUGUCCCACAGGGGUCCAGAGCAAGAGCAGCAGUGGGGACCUGGUCUGCUUUUAUAUAGUGUCUUCAGUGCAGCUUCAUAACCCCUCCUCAAGGAGAUGUCAGCAGAGCACUCGGUCUCCCGGAAGAAGGCACCUCGGGAAUAACCUUCGUUGGUAUUUCUCUGGUUCCCAUGGGCUCUGUACAAGUUGUCACCUUGUGUCUUUUGGAGAAUGUUGGAAGAGGGAAGCAUGCUUGCAAUUCGUAGCACCCAUGCACUACGCUGGAAGUGACCUUCUUGAAUGUGUUUGACCAUGUUGGAAAGAAGAAAGACGUGCAUCUACGUCGUGUCAAAAGCUGACACGUCUGCCGUUCCAGCUCAUCACCCUUGGUUGCUCCACUCUGAUCUGUGGCUGCAGAUCCUGCAUGCCCCAGUGCUCCAGGUGCUCUUUGUAGCUUCUGCCACGCCACAUUUCAGCAACGUGAACAUCCUAAGCCAGGGCUUGUAUGUUGGCAUCCGCCUUCAACCACGUUUAAAUCCAAGACGCAAGCAUCUCUUCCAAUGAAAACAGAACGCCCAGUGGGUUGGGUUGAGACUGAACAGUGCACAAAACUGAAAUAAUUUUAUAUAGGGCAGAAUUACAGCUAUGCUGAGUUCCCCUUUCUUGGUUAGUUAGUGUUCAUUCUAGACAAGAGCUCCAGGGGCAAUGUGAAUGUGGAAGAGUCCACGCUGUGCAGUUUGUCCACGAAGGUGUGGAGAAGGAAAGUCUGUGCCAUGGGAAUGGGAUUCAUUCUUAAUGGAGUCAGCACCUGCUCCCAAAUGGAGGCACUUCUGGCUCUCUGCUACAGCUAACUCCUUCCUCUGCACGGAGGGGUCCAAAACUCUUUGAUGGUGCAGCCCUGGAACUAGAUAUGGCCUUCUCUCUCCUUUUGCCCUCAACCCGGGCCCUGAAUUUGUGGGUCUAUUCCCAGCGAGGGUGCUAGUCCUGGUGACACACCUCUCCCAUCCUCUAUAAAUUUACCAUCUUUAGAUGACCGUCCCAGCUUACAUAAAGUGGGACGGUUACAUCACGUGAAAGUUCCUCCUGAGAUCUCCGGAAGAAGAAAACUCAUUUCACUUCAGGGUGUCACCCUGCCCUUUCAAAGCACUUUCUUAGAACCAAGAGAGAAGGAGGUAGUGUGUUAGGGCUGUUUUCCUAAUUACUGUCUCGGGGGGAGCUAUUGUAAUGUGAAUAAAUGAAUUGGAUUAUUGUUAACUUGCUGGUGAAUACCAUCUAAACUGGACCUGGUCUCUGUUUCCCUUUUGCCAGCUUCAGCCUGUUGAGUUCUAAGGGGCUCAUCUGGUCCCGUCUUCUCAAGUACAUCUUGAGAACGCACACGUGUGUAUUUGUCUAAAGUAAUGAAUUCCAGGUAGUGACUCUCUUGUCCUACAAAAAUCAAGGCAGUCUGAUUGAAAUACAGAUGUGCUCUCAACUUUUCCUGCCUUUGGCUUUCUCCAUGACCUACACAUUGGAUCCUGAUGUCCCAAUUGGAAGCAACUGAGAUCAGUGGGUAGGUUGUUUACUAAGCUGUUGCCUUGAAAAUGCUCUUGCUGUGCCCAGUCCACAUCCAUUCUGUUGUGGGGCAGGCGGCAAAGUCCGAUUCCUCUUCUUUUGUCUCCUGCAGGGUGGUAGGUCUAGUCGUAGCAUCAUGUCAUACCUCUGCUGAUGCCAAAAUGAACCUUAAGUGCAUUCCCCAUCAGUUAGCUCAAUGGAUGACUGUGGCCAGCUACUGAAGCCAGCAUAAAUAUACGAGCUCAUCUGGAAAUGCAGCCUCUUCAGAAACCUGCUUGUAAAAUGAACCAUUGGACUUCUGUUGGCUUGAGGUUACACAUAUUAGACCAGUGGCUACUACAAAAAAUAUCCACCUUUUGUUAUCCCAGCAAUCACCCCUGAGUGAAAGAUGCAUACUGCAACAUAGUCAGCUGCAUGGAAAACUUGCUGUUGAUUAAACAUGUGGAGAUCCUUGUAGGAAACAUGUGAAUGUGUCUUUGGCUUGUGUCCCUUGGAAUAAGACGGGGAUUCAUGUCUAGAACUGCAACUCUUUUGGGCUCUGCCGAUCCACAUCCUCCCCCCCAUCUAUCCUGCAGGCUUUCAUUAUACCCUUCCAGAGGUAGAGCUAGUUUUGAAGUCCAUCCAGGUGUGGACUAAGUAAAGAGGCUUCGAGAUUAUGGUAGCUAUUCUGCAACUCAUUAACUCAAUCCCUUCCCCAGCUUUCCAUCUCCACCCUGUGCCUGGGGUCUUUUCUUGUUACUGCACUAAGUGCUUCUCACUUAAUCUGGCUCACCUGGACAGGUGGAGCAAGAGUGGAAUUGCCUUCCGGCAGAGGACUCUUGCAGUUCUCGGAUAUAGUCUGCAGAGGAGCCUGUUUGGGGGACUGCUAAUCCCAGUUCAGUGUUAUGACAGCUGCUUGUUCAACACAGUUUUGAAAUGGGCACUGGAGGAGAGGGGGUGUGUGAAAGAGAGAACCAUGUGCAUUUCAUUGCCUGAUAAUUCCUCCCAUGCUCGUAAACUUGCUACGAUAGGUCUCUUGCAAGGCUCACAGUACCAUACCGUUUUGGAAAAAAGGUUGCAAAAAGCCGAGAUUAAUUCUGGCCAUCUUUGUGGCUGCUCCCGUUCAGACCUCUUCCAAAAUGUCUCCAUCACUUCCCUGACAGUUGGAAUUUAUAAGCAGCGUGUUUGUUUUUUUUUCCCCAAGUUGUCUUAGUAGCACAUUUAUUGCGAAAACCCAUUUAGAUUCUGUUUUUAUUGCCACAUGGAGAGGCUGCUUAUGACUAACAACCUUGCUUGUGGUUAUGCUAGCACCCAGACCUCAGUGGGGAUUUGCUGUGCUGGGUGUUGCACUUGCCUAGGAAUAGGCAGAUGUUUUUUCUUACUUUGGGCAGUUUAUAGCAGAAGGCCGAAAUUUUACCAAGUUCAUGGGCAGAUUCUCCCCUGCCCCCAAGUGCCAUUUGUCUACUUGCAUGGCUUUCUCUGUAGGAGUGAAGGCUUGGAGGAGACAUCUAUAUUGCGGGGAGAGUGGCAGGAGAAAAUAUCAGGUUGUACUCACCUACUGUAUUGUAUUUUCAGUUAUUUAUCUAACUUUCACUGUUCAUUUGACCAGGAUGCUUCUCCAUUUAGCUGCUAUCUAUUGGCUCAGGUCUUCUUGGCAUCACUGCAGAAGGAGGUUCUGAGAGAAGUGCUUUACAUAACUCUUUGGGGAAGAGGGGGACACAGUGCAGAGGCUGUGAACUAGCGGCUUGGAAGUAGCAGAGGCAACCUAGACACAGCAGCCUGGAGGUACCUGCUUCUCAAAGUAGCUUGUUAGUAGUGGUAGAGGCCCCCAAGGCAGCUGUAAAUGAGGUAGUACUGGAAGCAGUGCCUAAAUAACCAAGCUCCUGUUUAUGGGAGGGGCUCACUAGAUCUAUCUUAGAGCCACAAA